UAUAUUUGCUAGCAAAGAGUAUGGAAUAAAUGAAAAUGUUUGUAAAAGACCCCUGUGGGAUUGUGUGUAUCAUAAUUACAUAUGUUGCUGUCUUCUAUGCAGAUUACGUCGUCGUACGUUGGGUUAUCCUGCAUAGUUUGCAAGACAGUUUGUGGGGUCCCUUUCAUGUUGUGGCUUUCAACACUAUUGUAUUAUUAUUGAUAAUAUCACAUUUGAAAGCAGUCUGCAGUGAUCCUGGUGUUGUGCCACUACUUCAAAGUCGUAUGGACUUUUCUGACAUUCAUACAGAUAAUCCAGAAACAAAAAUUGAAUGUGAUGAGAGAGACAGUUGGACUGUUUGUACUAGAUGCGAAACAUAUAGACCUCCCAAAGCAUGUCAUUGUAGAAUUUGUAAACGAUGUGUUAGGCGAAUGGAUCAUCAUUGUCCAUGGAUAAACAACUGUGUUGGAGAACAAAAUCAAAAGUACUUUAUUCAAUUUCUGGUCUAUGUUGGAAUAUUGGCCUUCUAUGCACUAGGCUUGGUGAUAACCUCAUGGAUUUUAGAAUGUUCUCGGUGCAGUAAUGACAUAGCUGUCAAACAGAGUCGCAUCUUACACUGUGUUAUAUUGGUAUUGGAAUCAGCACUGUUUGGCAUGUUUGUCAUCGCAAUGCUGGUAGACCAAUUUCAAGGUAUCCUCGGAGAAGAAAACAUAAUGGAACAUAUGCAGAAUAAUCAUCAUUAUAAAAGAAACAGUUCACGUACUCUGGUUUUACUUUCUCAGGUUUGUGGCAAGAGCCAUCCAAUUCUAUGGAUGUUUCCUUGCCAAAACCCACCACGUUAUACUUUCCGAAAAGAUGCGUACCUGAUAGAUCAUGAAGUUUAGAUGAAUACUUAAUCACAUAUUGAGAUGUAAAUGCUCUUUUAUGGCUUUGCUUGCCAUAAAUACUUUUCUAUAUGUUUAAGAAAGUCUCCAUUAUUUAAAUGCAAUUUGCAAAAAAAUAAGAUAUUAUACAUUACAAAAUUUAGGAGAAGGAAAAGGAAGACUUUCACAUAUUAUAUUUGUCUACUUCAAAUUCUUAAAUAUUAUUAAAAACGUUUAAUUAUUUAAAAUUAGAAAAUUUACAGCAUUCUAAUAUUUUUUAAUAAUUUUUAGUCUUUUAAUAAAGUUCUUUUUUAAAUAAUCUCAUAUUUAGUUAAAAAUGUAGAAAAAAUAACACAUAGGAAAGAUGUUUGAAGGUUUAAUUUUAUACAAAUUUUGUAUCAUUGCUGAUGAAUUAUUAUUUAAUCCCUCAUUAAAUUAUAUCCGCUUAUAGUUCAAGAUAAACUCUUAAAUUGAUGUAUAUUUUAGUAUUUGUGAGUCAUUCCAUAAGAUUAAAUAUGUCUAAAUAUACUUGCAGAUUUAAUACUCACAUGAUUGAAUCAAGUGUUAGUAACUGUAUUGAAUGUAAUGUCAAUGAAUGAAUUUCAACAAAAUCUUGUAAUACAUAUAAUUAAACAUUUUAGUAUAUCUUUUAUAAAAUUUUAUGAAUUCAUAUGUAUUACGAAAUAUUCCAGUUUAUGCAAAAUUCAGUACUAAUUUUCAAUUUUUUAAAAAUAUUAAUGAAAUUCAUUUGUAUUUAAAUUGUGCAGAAUGUAUAUUUUUUAUAUUUAUAUGUGUUAUGAAAUUAUUAUACAUAAAAAAGUAUUACACUAUAAAAUAAGUAAGAAAUUUA